AAAUAAUAGCGCGUUUUUCUGUUGUUGUUUUUUAUUAUUUACACAUUAGAUCAUGGAAAACUCUAGUCCAGAAAACACAAUAACUGCCGUGAAUAAAGCUACUUCUGUUAUUGAAACUAGAGGUACUUUAGACGCCAAUUUCCCUGACCUUCGAAAAACUUUUAGAGCCGAAUUCGUCUAUAAUGAAACAAAGCAUGAAGCUGUUCAACCUGUUAUCUUGAAAGAAUCUAUCAUUUUACCUGAGGAAGGUCUUGAAGCACUUCAAACUUUCAACCCGAGUGCCAAUGCUGCUGGAAUUGCACCAUUUAUCAACAAGGCUUAUUUCACUAUCAAGAACUGUCUUUAUUUAUGGGACUAUACUGAAAGAAAAAUGAUUGUGCACGAAGAAGAGGAUGAAAUUGUAGGCGCAGCAUUUGUUAAACCUAAAGCUGGAGUGUUUGCUGCCGAAAUCAACCAAUUACUCAUUAUUUCAACUAUUCGACAAGUUAAGAUCAUCGCAGCUAGUUAUAAUCCUACCACUGGCCUUAAAGUAUUCCAAACUGAUUUGAACACAACUGCCUCAGGUGUGAAUAUGAAGGUCAUUGUGGGUACCAACAAAGGACGUGUAUUCAUGCUGGGAAAUGAUGGAAAUGUUUGGGAAUUAGAUUAUAGAAGUGACGAAACAUGGUUUACAGGAAAGUGUUCAAAGAAAUUGCAUACAACUAGCAGCCCCUUGUCAUUCAUCAUUCCAACCACCAAAGAUCCCGUCAUUCAACUUGCCAUCAAUGAAUGCGGCAAUGUAUUAUAUCAACUCACACAAAACUCCAAUAUCACUGUCACUUAUUUGGGCGAAGAUGGAACAUCAUUCAAUACUGUUUUACAAUGCAAAGAUGCUGCAAAGCUUGCUAAUUCGAGUGUUCCUAAUUCUCCAUAUGUUGCUUCGAAAGUCUUCAAAAUCGUCUCACUUAAUCCCACUUCCCCUUCAGAAUCAAAGGACUAUCAAUUAGUAGCCAUCACUUCAAACGGGUCUAGAUUAUAUUUUACUCAAUAUGAAGGUAGUCAACACUUGUUAAAUAAUGGACCUCCCAACACUCUCCAACUCUCACACGUUAGACCCCCAAAUUCCGAUGUCGCACCUACCGAUGUCUUUGCCCAUACUUAUUACAAAGAUGGCCUCUUGAUUGGUGUCAAGAACCAAAAUGAAAAGAGAACAGAGGAUAGAAUUGUCACUUACAGUCCUGAUUUGGCUGCCAUCGCCAACCCUAACAACAUUAUCAACAGUAUCCCAUCUUAUACCGAAUUCAACAACUUUUUGGAUGUUCCUGGAAAGAUUAUUUCUAUAGUUGAAACCGCAAACACAGCUUAUCAGAUUAAUGAAUUGACCGCACCUUUCGAAACACCAGGUCGUACGUUCCUGGUUUUAACAACAUAUGGCAUGGCCGUGCUUGUAAAGCAAAGACCCAUCGAUAUGCUUUAUAAAUUGAUUUGCAAUGCCAAUCAAGAUACCGCUGCUCGUCUUCGUAAUUUCGAGAGCUUCUUCCAAUACUUUGGAUAUGUCAAUAGUAUCUCUCUUUGCUUGGGUAUUCUCUGCUCAACUUCCUCCAUCAUGAAAAAUGGUCUUACUUCAGUCGGUUCUGUCACAAAUGAUAUUUCCAAAAGUAUCACUGUGCUUCUGGAAAAUAUGGGCUCAGCUCCUUCUGCCAUCAAUCCUCAAUUCAGCAGUAGACAUGACGGCCUUGCUUUAUUCGUCUAUCGUGUGAUUAACCCUAUUUGGUCUAAACCAUUUGUCAAGGCUUCUUCCAAUGAUGCAAGUGCCAUUUAUUCAAGUAUUCUUGCACCAGCUCAAUUACAACGUACCUUAACUGUCAUGAGAAAAUUAAGCAAUUUGAUGCAAGAGAAAUCCAACUACUUUUUAAGAUCAUCUAAUGCGGAAGAACAAGAGUCUUUAAAUAAUUUAAAUGAAUUGAUCAAGCACAUGACUGAAGGUCUUUCAUUUAUUCAGUACAUUAUCAAUACCGACCUUUCCAGUAUUGUAAAGAGUAUCAAGCCAGAAGCACAGAAACGUUUAAUGACUAUGACGUUGAAGGAUUUACUGACGAGUAAAGAUGGUCGUAAAGUUGCCAGUGAUCUAUCAUACGCAUUGGUUGAUUAUACCUCUAACAAAUAUCAGACCACGGGCCAUGUGAUUGAUGUGUUGACCGAACAUUGUGGUUCCUUCUGUAGCGCCAGCAAUGUUUUCUUACACAAGGCAGCUCAACAGAUCUUUAGUGCACGUUCUGCUACUAAUGCAUCUCAAGCCAGGGCCAUGUUGACUGAAUCAUUAAACAUGUUGAAGAAAAUUGCACUCCAUAUUCCCGCCGAUAAAGCUGCCGAGAUUGCCCAAGAUUUUGCACAACAAGGGUAUCCUGUCUAUGGGAUUGAAUUAGCUUUAGCUUGUUCAUCAGCUCGUGAUCCUCACAACACGACCAAUGCCUACGUGAAAGCAGGCUGCUCUCUCAAUCACCCUGCAGCCAAAACAUUUGCCAACAAACAACCUUUCUAUGAUAUCGUUUUCGAUUUGCUUUACAAGAUCGUGACAAAGACUUCAGCUUCCGUUUUAUCCGAAAGUGAAUCUAGAAAUCAAGUCUUCAAGAGCGCAUUUUCUUCUUGUAUCGAUCAAGCAUUUGCAUACUAUGUUUUUGAAAAGUUUAUACAGAACAAAAUGGGGGAAGAGUUAAUCAAGCAACCAUUGCCUUACCUCGAAGAGUUCUUAAUCAGUCCUCCUUUUGAUUUCGAAAGAAACAGUCUACUCGCAAGUUUCUAUAACAGUAAUGAAAGAUACGAAGAGGCAGCCCGUACAUAUUUUGAAUUGGCUAGAGCAGCUAAGGACAUCCCUACACGCAUCAAGAAUCUUUUACAAGCAUCUGUUUCCGCUAGCUCUGUUACAUCGCCCGCAAAACAAUAUGAAAUGUACCAGUUAACCGAAGCUAUCAAGCAAAACUUGGAAAACGCAAACCGUCAAUCCGUGACAGCCUCUCAAUAAAUAUAUAUUUCCUCAUCUUAAACCCUCAACAACGCACUUUUUAAAAUAAACAAAUAAGAAAAAGAAAAAGUAUAAAGAUAUUUUGAUCUAAGGAUAAAAAACAAGAGAAUUUUAUUAUGCUUAAUGAUUCCAAGGUUAAACUAAA